AUGUCCGAGGCGGCACCUAAAAAGGGCCGAGGAAGAACGAUACAACGGAAAUACACUUCCAAGGCGUGCGACGAAUGCCGUCGCCGACGAGCAAAGUGUGAGGGUCAAAAACCAUCAUGCUCCCGAUGUCUCAGCCGAAACAUUCCCUGCCACUACUCGGUCCAAAAUAACCGACAGCCAGCACCAAAGUCUUAUGUACUACUUCUCCGCAAUAGAAUUGAGGCGCUCGAGCAUAUCUUACGCUCACAUGGUAUUGAUGUGGAAGCAUCGCUGGCUGAGCUGAUGGAUCAUCACGUAUUUUUGCAUCCCGAUGAUUUCAAUACCGGCACAGAGGCGUCGAUUAAUCCCAGCCUGUCAUCUGAUCUAGACGAUUUGUGCGGAGCGUUCCAUGGGACCUUAACUUUCGAUGAAGCAUUGAACUUCGACGAUGAUGGUGAAAUGCGCUACUUCGGACCCACGAGUGGUCGUUUGCCAUUUCAAUCAUCACGAGAUCCUUCUAUUGAAAACAAUUUUCCUCUGGAAUAUGAAGAAGGACCUUUCUCCAAUGGCCCAGGUAAACAAUUGGAUGACUUUUCUUUACCAAUGAGUGAAGACCUAGACCCUUCAGAUGAACUGAGGUCCCAUUUAUUCGAACUUUAUUUUACCUGGGAGCAGCCCUGGUACCAAGUGGUUAACGAGAAAAUAUUCAGAGAAAGUUUACAGCAGAAUGGUCGAUUCAGCACCCCAUUGCUGGUCAACUGCAUCCUCGCCAUUGCUUCUCGAUACUCAGAUCGUCUGGAAGUUCGCUCUAUUAUCGAUAAUUCUAACUCAGCCGGACAGCGUUUUCUUGAACGGGCAGAAGCCUUGCUGCCUUUCGAACUGAAAUGGCCGAAUAUCACUACACUUCAGUCUCUAGCUAUACUGGGUAUGGUUUACGUCGCAAUGGGACAAGAUGCUGCGGGGUGGCUUCACCAGGGGAUGGCGUGCCGUUUAGCUCUUGAUAUGGGCCUCAAUGUCGACUCAUCCGCGCUUGCUAGCAAAGUGUCAAUGUCCACCGAGGAGGCUGAAUUGAGACGGCAAAUUUACUGGUCAUUAUACUGCCAUGAUAAACUCGCGGCUAGCUACACGGGGCGUGUUUGUACAUUGCUGGAGCCACAAGGGGUCGUUAAUUUGCCGUCUCCAUCUGGGACUCAACUUGAGUCUCGCGUUGUGUCACUACAACUUGCUAAUAUUCGCAUUUGCCGCAUCCUAGAGCGGAUAUUGCUCUCAUUGUGGGCACCUAAGCCACUUCUUGGAGGAUCCAAAAGAUCUGCGUUCUUCGAUAAGUGCGUUGUAAAGCUUAGAUCAUGGUAUUACGAUCUGCCGUCCGAUCUUAAGAUCAGCACGGCGAACGUACUGCCUCAGGUGUAUACACUUCAUAUGGUGUACUACACUGUAUUUAUUCUUCUGAGCAAGCCCUUCCUCACCCAAUCCGAGUCUCCCAACAGAGCGAAUGCCACUCGCGAUGAUCAAGAAAUCACCAAAAAGGCCAAGCUGCUGUGUGAUGAAUCAGCACAAAAGAUGCGUGCGGUGGCGCAAAAGUAUCGGCAAGAGUUCGGCAGCUUUCGAUUGAGCCCCAUCACCGCAACGCAUUGCACUCUUUCUGCGGCCUUGAUAUCGCUCGAAAAUUACACAUCUGAAAUAAAGGGCACCGAGAACGAACAGCAUUCACUGGCCCAGAAAUACGAGAUCGAGACGUGUUUGCAGACGCUCAAGGAGCUCUCAACAUCGUGGUAUCCCGCCAAAUGCAUCAACCUGCAUCUGGGCAAAUUAUAUCAGCAGACCCGAGAGAGGCAUAAUGAUAAAACUGUUGCGAUGGAGCUAGAGACACCAAAUCGUUUAAUCUCUCCGGAUGUUAACCGAUCAAGACCUGGGGAUGAUCCUGGGAAUAUUCAACCAUUACCCAUACCGAUGUCCUUUGACAUGGACUGGGAUAUUUUUACUGUCCCUCAUAUACUAGAGGAUCAGACAGUCUUGCCGCAGGACAUACAUGGCGUCGACAUCGAGGGGAUCCUCGCCAGUGAUUUGAGUCUCUCUUUCCCAGCGCAUCUGCCAAGUGACUACAACCUUCCAUGA